AUGGGCAUUUUUUAUUCUGGCUCUCCUGCAAAGUUGGUCAAAUGCCCCUCUGGUUCUCAUCCCACCCCAUGAUUUUCCCGACUACAAACAUUAAGUUGUGUAAGACAGGUCUAUAUUCAUGGCUUGCCUUUGAAAGAAAUGGUAACAAAAAUACAAAAAAAUUUCAGUCAAAGCACUGUUUGUAGAUGUGGAAUCACAUUUUAGCUGAAAUAUGGUCGUAUGGAGUGGUUAGUGAGCUAUGGGAAGUAAAGAAAUCUGUGGAAAUAUGUAGAAGAUGAGGCCAUGUACCACUUGCACGAAAGGGGAACACCAUUUUGCAAAUGCAAGAGGGCAACAGAUCAAACAUAUAGACUGAUAUCUACAUAUGGGCAUAAAGCGUAUGAAGAUGAAGGACAGCAGGGCGGUGAGCUGCAGCUGGAGGUGUCACGGCGCUGCUCGGAGCUGUCCACUGCCUGUGGUGCUGAAAGGCAGAGGGACAAAAACCAUGGCGCACUUUUCUGCCGCUGCAGGCGCUAAAUUCUGAUUAUACGGUUAAAUAGGCCUAUUAAAUCCACCUUGUACACAUGACCCACUCUUGUGACAAAUCAACCUGGUGGCAAACACCAAGUUGGGAAAUCAAUUUGCACUAGUCUAUCGACAGGGGGGGUUUUUUGUUUGUUUUUUUGCGGUAAACGGAGAUUUAGUUCUGGUAAUAUGAUCGCAAUAAAGGCUAUAGUCUGUCCCUGUCCACGGGUUAUACCCCGGGCCGGUUACACAACAUGUGUCUGAUCGCACAACCGGAUGGAGCUGCGACAGCUGGGGCACUGACUCAUACCGGGGGAUGCAGAGAGAAUCUUUCUCACUUUCAUACGUCUUUAUUUCCUCCUGGCCAUUUUCUCCUCCAGAAAUCCUCCUCGGUAUGCUCUGGGAAUUGGAUCAUCAGUGUAAAAUGAAGCAGUUUCCUUUGCCCAGUUAGACGGAACAUGGCGGAGGCGGUCGACGCGGGAGGCGAACUUGGCUCCGCUCCGCCUGACGCGGGUGACUCGUUUCCCAGUGAGGGAUACGAGUGCAAAAUAUGUUACAACUACUUCGACCUGGACCUCCACACUCCCAAACUGCUGGGCUGUUCGCACACCUUCUGUCUGCAAUGCCUCGACGCUCUGCACUCCCGGGAGGGUCGAGGAUGGAGAAUCGGCUGCCCCUUGUGUCGCCACCGAACUCCGGUACCGGAAUAUCGGGUUCACAACCUCCCCGACAACACCGCAAUGACCGAUGCGCUCCCGCUUCAAACGCAAGAGCCCGUGCACUCAUCAAACACAGAUGUCCAGACGGGUCCAGCCGUCUCUUUGGUCGCCUCCCAAGAGGGCGACGACAGCUGUCAGACUUGCAAACAGGUUGCGUUUGCGACCGGCUGUGCGUGCGCCAUCUUCUCCUUCCUGUCCAUGGUGGUGCUCUUGUUUCUGGGCCUCAUUUUUGUACACAACUUCAAUAACACGACGCCUCCCGUCGGCCCUGUCUGUUUGUUUGCUGCCAGUGUUCUCGCCCUGUUCUCGCUCAUUCUCACCUGGCUAAUGUGUAUGAUAAAGUACAGACCUGAAACUGAAGCAAGCACCUUAAGUUCCCUCUCUUAUGUAAUGUAAUCCUCUGGCUACAGAGGGAACACACACUUAGCCUGGUCAGUAUUCUAAAAGGGAACUCUGUUUAUUUGGGUCUAUGUGCUUAGACAUCCUUAUAGUCAGUACUUGUGCACAUGGAGGAAUGGCUCUAACUAAUGAUCUUGCAUUGGGUUCCAAUAUGUGACCAUCCAGUGCAAAUUCUGAGAGAAUAUCACACAUUAAAGUCCAAGUCUUCAGCUCAAUUACCCAAAAUAUUAUUUCAUGUCACAGGUGUAAAUAACACUAUUUAUGAUGGUUCAGCAUCCUGGUAUUGUGCAUGCUGACUCGCUGUCACACUGCCAUGGCUUACUGGGUCAGAGCCAGUGUUAACGUUAACCUGUUCCAUUCCUACUAUGACUCAAAAUCUCUUGCAAAAAAGUUGACUUUACUGUCUGUAGUCCAUAAAUCCGAUAUAAAACCAUAUCUACAGCAAAUGGAGUAAAAGUAAACUAAUACAUAGGUUUGGAUACAGUAUGUGUGAAGCUUGUCUUUGCUUAUUUUACAAAAUGAACCUUUUGUAUGCAACUCUACAAAUUUUUAAAUGCACUUCAGCUUCCUGCUUGUACAGGCAUGUUUGCACAGAACAGAAGGCUUAAAAUCACUGAAAGAGCACUUUAACUGGUCUUGCUGAUUAGCAACAUUAGCAAACACUGACUUGAAUAAUAGGAAGACUGCUCAUUAUACUCUCCUCCCACAUUUGUUUCCUGCUCUGAUAUUAUUCAUAUGACAGAUUUCAUAAGGUGCUUGGAAGCUACUGUGCAAACAGGUAUAUAGUAUGUGUACUGUGUGUAUGUGUCGAGCUGUCGGUGUGUGACUGAUUUAUUAUAAUCCUCUUGUGCCAUCACCGUCAUUAACAACACAACCUAUUGUGCCAGUGACAGAACCUGUUUAUCCCAUAACCACCUCUUCUGUCAUUACAUUGACUCCCUGUGGUGGACCAGGUCUGCAGGGGAUCCCAGGCCAAUGACCCUGAGGGGACAUGAGCCUUCACAAGAUGAGAGAAGUAACUUUGGGGUAGGGGGCCAAAAUAAGCAGUGUUGUAAAGUAGUGAGACAAUGGAAGUGCAGAUGACCUCCUGGGCCCUUAAAUCAUCUGAUGGGCUUAAGUUUGCUUUUCAAAGUCAUAUAAAAUGCAAGAUGUGAACUCCACUAUUAGCUUGGUCCACGCCCAGGUCUUAGGUUACAGGGAAGUGUGCAAUAAAAGAAUGUAUUAUUGAAUUUCUGUGGAUUUGUUUUAUAUAAAUUAUGCCCCAAACA